CUGGCCUAUUAUGUAAUGGCGUCACGUGAGGCUCCUUCUAGCAAUCGUCAGCCGGCCUUCAGCCUGGCUCCUACCGCCGAAGCAGCGGGAGCUUCCUGGAAGCUCAUCAACAUCGACAGACAGCUCGAGUCUCUGGCCACAUCGUUUCUUUGCAGAUAGUGUCUUCUUAUCUCUUCUAUCUCUGAAUUAUAAUUACCUACAUCCGACUAGCUAGCCAGAUUCUUCCAGAGAACCAGUGCUUGGUUCGGCCGUCACAAUGAACGGCGCUGUUGAACCCGCUAGGGACCAAGCCAUCGAAGAUUAUAAAAAGACCCUGCUGGAGCUCCGAGAAUGGGAGGCAAAGUUGAAGUCACUGCGCAUGGACAUCAAGGAUUCCCAAAAAGAGUUCGAUGUAACGGAGGAAAACAUCAAGGCACUUCAAAGUGUUGGCCAGAUCAUCGGCGAAGUGCUUAAACAGCUCGAUGAAGAGCGAUUCAUCGUCAAAGCGUCGUCAGGCCCGCGAUAUGUCGUCGGUUGCCGCUCGAAAGUGGACAAGGCGAAGCUGAAGCAAGGCACACGUGUCGCUCUGGAUAUGACCACACUUACAAUUAUGCGAAUGCUACCUCGUGAAGUUGAUCCUCUCGUCUACAACAUGUCCCUAGAAGAUCCUGGUCAGGUCAGUUUUGCGGGUAUCGGUGGUUUGAACGACCAAAUCCGAGAGUUGCGUGAGGUCAUCGAAUUGCCGUUGAAGAACCCGGAGCUUUUCAUGCGAGUGGGAAUUAAGCCACCCAAGGGAGUGCUACUAUACGGUCCUCCCGGAACAGGGAAAACACUGCUCGCACGAGCUGUAGCAAGCUCUCUUGAGACCAAUUUCUUGAAAGUGGUAUCGUCUGCGAUUGUCGACAAAUAUAUCGGUGAAUCUGCUAGGUUAAUACGAGAGAUGUUUGGAUACGCGAAGGAGCACGAGCCUUGUAUUAUUUUCAUGGAUGAAAUCGAUGCCAUUGGUGGUCGACGCUUUUCGGAAGGAACUUCAGCAGAUCGAGAAAUUCAACGAACAUUGAUGGAGCUGCUGAAUCAGUUGGACGGUUUCGACUACCUUGGGAAAACGAAAAUUAUCAUGGCCACCAAUCGACCAGAUACACUAGACCCGGCUCUUCUUCGGGCUGGUCGUUUGGACCGGAAGAUUGAGAUUCCCUUGCCCAAUGAGGUUGGUCGUUUGGAAAUUCUCAAAAUCCACGCCAGUACUGUCGCGACUGAGGGAGAAAUUGACUUUGAGAGCAUUGUCAAAAUGAGUGACGGCCUCAACGGAGCAGAUCUCCGUAACGUUGUGACUGAAGCUGGCUUUGUCGCGAUCAAGGAUGAGCGUGACUCCAUCAACCAAGAUGAUUUCAAUAAGGCGGUGCGCAAGGUGGCUGAAGCAAAGAAACUCGAGGGCAAGCUGGAAUACCAGAAGUUGUAAUGUCUGAUGGGGUUUCUCCAUAGUAUCUCGCUAUUAACUCCAAUGAAGACAUGUAAAUUACAUAGACAGUAAUUACACUCGUGAACUUCUGAUCUAUGUAGGCCAGAUGACGUAUCACCAACGAUCGGGAUAUCGUUCCCCGGGAGUAAUGUGGACCUUGCAGUUCCAAAAUAGAAGAAUUCAAUCAAGUAUGGUAUGUUAA